UGAUGAUGAUGAAAUAGACGACGUUUUUGGACAAGACUCAAGUAAGGGCCGGGUCCAUGUGGUAGUCAAAGUACAGCCUUGUGAGUUGUAUCGCUUCACCUUCUCAACCAGCCCGCCAAUCCAGUUUCUCUUGUCACUGAAGCAAAUUCACGCUAUGGUAGUUUGGCUGUCAUUCGCAACCGUCUCUGGAAAAAUGUGGAUUAUUUGCCUCAACUCAUCACUCACUCCUCAACCCACGUGCCCAACCUUUCCGAAUUCCAAGAAUCUGAGACAGAGGACGUCGCGACUACUGAGGCAUUGUUUUACGACCUAAUGAAGAUCCCGGGGGUGCAGUGGGGUAUAUCCGAGGUGCUCGACAUGAGGUUUUAUGUGCGGGAUGAAUACUAUAAACUCGAUGGAUUCGUGGAGGAGCAGAGACAAUCAGACGUCACUGAGCGUUAUCGCCGCAGACCAAUUUUGCUUAUUGGACAACCUGGAAUAGGCAAGACCGUCUACUUGACGUACUGUCUCGUGAAUCGGCUCGCACAAGGAAAGCCCACCGUGUUUUCUAGGUCGCAUUCGAUACGUUUCGCCUUCCUCAGUUCUGGCGUUUACCUGAUUCCAGACAAUUCCUUCCAUCUUUGGGAUGAUCCCGAGCUCUCCGUGGCUGAAGGACGAGAUUUGGAUGGCCUUGUUCUCUUCGAUCUAAGUUCGAAUGAAAAGGUCGACACUUCCUUUCAGCGAUGGAGAGUCUUGGUAGCAUCGUCGCCCAAGCCACAAGAGGUACGUGGAUGGAUAGAGGAAAAUGACGUGAACGUGUUCUACAUGAGAACAUGGAGUUGGCAAGAAGUGUAUGUCUGUCGCGAUAAUGCCAAGGAAAAGAGGGAUGAUGAAGCUUGGCAUAUUGCGUUCAUGAAGUACGGGGGUUCGGCAAGGGCUUUACUUGAUCGUACGCAGCGGCAGGUAGAUCGCGACCUUGACUCAGCUAUCCUAGGAUGCUCUCCGACCGGUCUCUUCCAGCAAGCGGUGGUACAUGAACCCGAGAAAUACAGCCAUUGUCUGGUAGAAAUCAAUCCGCUCCAGGACGAGCUUGGUGGUGUCUUGGACCGAUCGGAAUCACGCACACGGAUCAUUUCCCCCUUUAUUUUCGCAAAACUCAUGAAAAAGAAGGGAUGGGAAUUGGUCGAUAGUUCAGCCAAGGACUUCUACAGUUGCAUGAAGGAGCCCUCUACAGCCUCCACAGCUGGUCUGAUGUUCGAAGCCAUUGCGCAUGUCUAUGUCGUCAAAAAUACUGAAAAUGCCCUUCGUGUGCGAGCACUUGAAGAUGGCAGUGAACAACAAUUGCAUUUGGAACAUAUCAACCGUGAGAACAUGGAAGUAUUCUCUGGUGUUCCAUUUGAUAAGGUCCAUUGUCCGGAUGCAGCCAAGUACUACCGACCGGUUUUUGGCAACCUCACUGGCAUCGACUUGUUCGCUUUUGAAAGGGAUGAGAACCACACUAUCACCAGUGUUGUCAUGUUUCAGUAUAUAAUCUCUCCACAACACUCAGUCAAGGGGAAAUUCAUCACUGACCUUUGGAAUGUGCUGCAGGAACAACAUGGGGGGGUGUGGCAAUGGAAGCUUGUGUAUGUCAUCCCAAAGGAUAAGGACCAGAAAGCAUUCCAUCAACAGGCACCCACUAAUACCUUGAUGCUAGUGGUGUCUCAAUUUGCACUGGAAAUUGGACUGGAGGAUAUGUGGGGGACAAUGUGUGGUUCAGGCUGGUAAAUGAAUGGUACUUGCAAAGUCACUUUCAUC